AUGAAGGGUAACCUGCUGAUCUUCGCUACACUGUGUUUACUCCUCUGCUGGAUAAUGCCUGUAGACUCCAUGACGAUUCGUUUCAACUUCCCUCUGCGAGAGAACAGCAUCUCAUUGAGCAUGGUUGAAGAUUCGGUUGAUGACAUGUACUAUGGCUGCAAUGACAAUAUGAUGAAAAUAGUCCAAAAUGUCUUAAAGAAAAAAGACCACAUGUUCUCAUAUAAAAAACAAUGGGAUGACCAAAAAGGAUGUGCUAAAACAAAAUUCAAAAAGAGAGAGGUUAAGGCUCUAACCAAAGAUCACAUGCAAGCGAUCUGUGUUUAUACAGAUAACAAACUGUACAGGGAGUUCAAUAAUGCAGUCCGGAUAAAUGGGAACAUCUAUAGCUCCUCAUUCCCAUUCCUCUCUUUACAUUACCUGCUGACCUCUGCCAUACACAUCUUGAAUAAUAAUUACCACUGUCGCACCACUUACAGACGAUCCACUGAUAGGUUUACUGGCAAAGUUAACCAAAUAAUUCGGUUUGGUUCCUUUACCUCCAGCUCCAACAGAACAGACUUGACACACUUCGGUAGGGAGACCUGCUUUAUAAUCAAGACCUGUUCAGGCGCUUCUUUGAAAAAAUAUUCAGUCUUUCCAGAUGAGGACGAGGUGCUCAUCCCUCCCUAUGAGAUGUUCAAGAUAACUGAGAUAAUUAAUGGUCAGAACAACAUUGAAGGUCUGAAGGAUUGUAAAGUUGUCUUUGUCUUGGAUAGUGCAGGGGGUAAGAGCAAUCUGAACUGCAAAGUUGCGCAUUCAUGA